CGUUGAAUGUACUAGAUGAAGGAAAGAAUAUAAGUUACUCUCUUUUUUCUACUUUCUUUUCAUCUUUCUAUUUUCUUUCACACACUUAUCAUCCUUUCAUCAUCAUCAUUCUUUGGUUGCGCCAGGCAAUUUGAGUGAAUAACUUUUGUUCCUCUUUUAAUAAAAACCAACACGAGAAAAACUGUUCAAUAGAUUCAGCGCAUUGGCAAAAAAGUUCUGGUUCUCGAGUGAAUUGAGAAUCGAGUUUCUUCAGAACAAAAAGAGAAAAAGAGAAAGAAAGAGAAAGAAGAUAAAAGCACUAGGCCAACUAUAAUUUCCCCUGAAACUCCCUCUUUUCAUCAUCAUGUUCAUCAUCCCUUCCAAUUCACUUCUCAAGGUACAUUUACACAACUGAACCUGUUAGUCCUGCUUCAGAUAACAACAACAAUCCAAGUUACUUACAUGAGUUUGUGUUUCAAUAUUUUGUACAUUUAAACACCAUUUUGGAUUAAUAUCAAAAAGCAUCAUCACCAAGAUAAUAAACAACAGGGAGUGUGAGUUUAUAUUUAUUUUUUAUUACCCAUUGUGACUGUGAACAAUUUAAUCCUUUAUCAUUGUAUGUGUUUGAAUUAAAUCACCACCACCAUCAACAUCAUCAUCAUCAUCAUUAUCUAGAGCCUCAUCUUUAACCCGUUAAGUAAAAAAAAAACAAACAAAAUCUAAUUUUUCCUUCAGUUUCUUAAAGUUCUGUUUACUCAAUAUAAUAAUCAUUUUCUAAAGUCUAUCCAAGAGGAAUAAUGAAGAUGAUGAUGAUGAUAAAAUACCGUUGAAACUUGCCAGGGUGUGGUGGUUCAGAAGAUGAUAAUCAUAUGAUUUAGAUGAUGAUGUGGAUGAAUAUGAUGAUGACAAUCAACCAACCGGCUUAUUCAACAAUAUUUUAUCACUAUUUACAUUGGAACCUCAGUCAACUGUGAAACAAACACCAAACUUCAACUCAACGUGUUUAUUAUCAACAAUUAACAAAGUGAAAACAUUUAAUUGUCGAUAUCUACUGAUAUUACUACCUAUUAAUUGUUCAAAUUGUAAUCAAUUAUCAAGUUUAAAUCUUUUGGGUCCAAUCACAAUUAAAUGAUGGUAACGGGAUUCAAUUCGGUGAUUUGUUAAUCAUUUGUGUCUAUCAUUUGGACAAUUAAAUGUCUCAAUUUAUUUUUUGCCUUUUCUCAUCAUAAGUUUCACGUCUUCCUGAUGCUAAUUGUUAAUUUUUUCCCCUCACUAAUCAAUUCGAUGCGAUAUUGGACUAAUUAUUAAUUCUCACUGUGGUUAACUGAUUAAUUAUCGUGUUAAUUAUUGUAAAAACUUUGUAAUUUUACCAGUGUGCCGUUAAUUUAAAUCUUAAUUACAAAUACGGACUCAAUUAUCAUCAUCGUAAUCACCUUGUCGUUGGUAACAAUUUAAAGAUGAGUUAAUUAAAUUCACCUUUAAUUGUUGUUUAGCAACGAACACAAUUAACUCUCACUACCUCACCUUGAACAAAAUAUUGAGAGCAAAAUGUUUAAUCACAUUUAAAUCACCAAAUUCACUGACCACUCAAAUCAAACACUCAAUGAGAAUGGUUUAAAUGAGAAAUUUAAAUUGCCUGAUUUUGAUUAUCUUUUAAUUGCCUCAACUCAACGUUAAUCAUAAAUAAAAAAUUAAAAACCAAUUGAUUGAUACAAUUAGACUGCCUUGUCCACCAUUAGAUGUUAAAUCAUAACAAUUUAGAUUAUGAUUAUAAGAAGCAAGGAAACGCAAUCAGAAAGCAUCUGCAAAAUUGAUUAAAUUGCAACAACAAUUAACCAAUAAAUUAUUUAAAUCAAAAUUAACUGAUCAAAAAAACCGCACAAAUUAACAAAUUGUUACAGAUCUAGUUUGUGAUAAUCAAAUUAUAAUAGUUGAAUGCAACCCGCCUGCAAUUAAGUAAUAAUAGUUAAUUAACCCUGGAUGCUUUUCAUUAACAAUCAACUUUAAUUACUUGAUAAUUAAUUGAAAUUUAAAAGCAAUCAACUGGUCUAUUCUUUGAUUAUAAUCAAACUAAUUAAGAAAUCAAAAGUUAUCAUAACAAAAUAAACUCCUUACUGGGAGUUAGAAUUGGAGAUUAGAGAAAAGAAAAACUUUUCGAUUUUUGAACAAAAGUUUUGAUUCGAAAAUUUUUAUCAAAGUUAUUGAAUAAUUUUUUUCUUCUUUCUUUUUUUUCUCUCUUUAAUUAUUUUUUUUUAAUUUAUUUAUAUUUAAAUUGUGAUUCAAUCAUCAUUUUGUGUGUGUAUUUGUGUUCACUCAUCAUUCUCAACAAUUAACUAACCAUGAACAGUGCAGCGGUAAUUGGACGUCAAUUACGUCAACAAGCAACUACAGGUCGAACCUCUGGUCCCCUGGUACCACCUCAGGCACCAGGAAAAGGUCGACCUCGAACACCAUCACAUGUGCCCACUUCGGGUCGCCCCUACUCACCUGCUCCAGCAUCAAUGACAGGGACGUCUGGUGAACGGUAUAAUGUUAUCCCUGGAGGAGGUGGUGGUGGGGGCGGUGGACCCGGUGCUACACAUUUAAAUUAUCCUUCUUCCCACCCUGGGCUCCAUGGGAAGGAGGAUCGUGGAGCCAAAGGUGAGGAGCCCAAACUAAAGUGUACCUGGCAUUGUUUCUGUGUUGCCCUUAAAGCGCUUUCCGGUGGUUUGGUACUUUUUAUAGCGGGAACCAUUAUGUCGGUGGUGGGAUUUGUGGCCGAUGCUAAUCACAAUUCAACUCAAACUCUGUCCAAUGAUACGGUUAUUGAAACUCCACUUCCUUCAGUAUUCCGUAAUUUAACAUUUGCCGGUCCAGUUAUCAUGGGCCUUGGUGGGAUUGUUAUUGUAGCCGCUCUUGUUUUAACCUUUGAAGUUCGUGAUACGCUUGGUGUCAAAGUUGUCCCCGCCAAGCCAACGCCUACAACAAACACCAAUCUGCCACCAUCAUUAUCUAAUAGUAACAAUUUACAUUCCAACAAGGAUUCGAUUGGUCAUGGUAAAGGUGGUGGUGGUGGUGGGGGUCAUGGUGCUGGAAGCUCAUCCACUCAUGUAGGUAAUAAAAUGUCAAAUUCAUCCUCGUCCACAGUUCCAACUGACCAACAUAAAGAACCAAUACCUUCCAUAGCAUCAACAUUCCCUGAGAAUCGAAUUACUGGUCAGGCUAUUGACGGAAGUUUAUUGAAAAAGGUUAACCUUGAACUUGGACUUAACUCGAAUACUGUGACAUCCGCUAAAACCACAGCGGCAAACCUAUCGGCAGGAACAAUAAGAUCAACAAAUAACAAUGGUGAUCAUCAAACGGGUAAAGAAUCGUUAAAGAUGAUCAAUAAUUCAAAUCAUCAACAACUACCAUUGAGAAAUGGCUCCGGAGGGAUUGGUCAAAGAGGAGCGGGUGGAAAAAUUAAAUUGGAUCCAAGUUCGUUGACCAUUCCGUUUGAUGUACUUUCCGAUCUUGGACCAGUUACUGGGAGUUUACAUCGUCAACGACUUGGAGAUAUCAACACUGAGACAGCAUUUAACGGGCUACUGCCGCUUGAUGACCCACUGAUCAUGAUGGACACUGGACGAUCAGCAGCACGUGGUAAACACGGUAACGAGUCGAGAGCUGAAAACAAGGUUCGAGGUGGUAAAUCACACCAAGGUUAUCAGUUUCAACAAUCAACUUCCACUGGUGGUGAUGCCGGUGGUUCUGGUGCUGAUUUGAACAAACAAUUAGCGAGUUUCUCAAGCGGGGCCACCUCAUUAAGCCAUGUAAUUAGUCCCAACAUUGAAUCUUAUUAUUUUGCACUUCCUUCCCCUCAAGAAACUGAGCUUUCCGAUCCAGAGGGAUGUUCACUAACUGUCCCAGCGCGUUGGCGUUCAUCUCGAUGUUCGUGCUCAGCCUCACCAACCCAUUCAAUGUCAAUGGAAUUGUAUCUUGACCAAAAGGAUCCACCGAUUAACAUUAAGAUAAUUGAACAACAACGAAUCCAAGAGCAGUUAAUCAUUCAACAACAGAAACUAUUGAAACAACAACAAGACCAAUUACAACGGUUAAUUGAACAGGCCAAUUUGGGUCGGCACUCGUUACCGUUUCAUCGUCCUAAAGUUUUGGCUUCCAUUGAAAGUGAUGGACUUUCAUCAACAUCAUCUUCCAGUGAUGACCUAUUUGUGCCACUUAGACGAUCUCGACCAUCAUCAUCAACUAGUCCUUUUAAUAUUACUAAUCAUCAUCAUCCUUAUCAAUCAACAUCAUCAGCACCACAUCAUCACCUUUACCAUCAUCAUCAACAACAACAACAACAACAACAAGUUAAAUCAUCGCAACAAAGGCCUACAACUACUUAUCAACAACAGUCAUCAUCAUAUAUUGGCCAUCAUCAAAAAUCAUCAUCAUCUCACCAUCAUCAUCAUGACCAUCAAACUAGACCAAAUUCAGGACCAACAACAACGGCAGCCAAUAUUGAUGAACCUUCAUCAUCAUUUGGCUUUCGAUCAGAACUUUCAUCAGAAUUUUCAUCUAAUGCAAGUGAACUUGAUUCACCUUUACAAAUUGAUUUAGAUGAAGAUUUAAGUAAAGCACUUGAGAAAUUAAAAUUACCUCCAACCAAACAAUUAAAGUCUAAAUCAAAAGACUUACCAUCGACCACGACAACAACAACAACAAAGGACGAGACAAUUGAUGAGGAUGCAAAUGUUAAAGACGAUGAAACAAGCGAAUCAACCAGAUUAUUACCGACAACUUCCACAUCUUCAAAAGCACCACCAAUAAUCAAAUUAAAUCGACCCGAGAAAUCAAUUGAAAUCAACACUGGUGAUAAUUCAAUUUCUUCUGAAUCAACGGCAUCGACAACGACUGACAAACGAUUCCCUUUAUUGCGAGAAGGGGCUUUGAGUAACGGGUCGGUUACUAAUAGAAAAAGGUGAUUCU